AAACUGCACAUGGUGAAGACAGAAGAAAAGCUCUUCCUUGACAGGAGUUCUCCUUCGUGUCCCAACAACAAAAUGUUUUACUUGGAGGCGAACUGUAAGAAGGUGUUCUAGUUUAAGGACAAACAAUACCAGGCUCAUGACGUUGCUGCUGGACUCGGUGUGGCUGCUGUUGGCCUUGUCUCUGUUGUUUAACCCCGUGUAUGUUGGAGCCUGUUUAACUGAGGAGUUUAGCUGCGCUCAGGGUUCAUGUGUGCCUGAGGACUGUGUGUGUGAUUUCACUAACAACUGUGAGGAUGGAAGCGACAAGGAAGACUGCUCCAGAUAUAAGAGGUGUGACUUUGAGGAGGGGUUCUGUGACCUGACCCAAAGCUCAGAGUCUCUCUCUCAAUGGAUCAGAACAACUGAGGUCUCAGGACUCAAACAUGACCACGUCAACAACCAAUCAGCACAUUUUCUGUCCCUUUUUCCUGCCGGAGGAAACACAACCACAGCAGAUCUGAAGAGUCCUGUAUUCACCCCUCAUCAGACCUGCCAGAUGAGCUUCUACCGUUAUUUUGGAGCAAAGCAUGGAGAUCUUCAGGUCCUGAUUGAAACCCAUCCACUGGGUGAGAGCAAAGUGGUCUGGAAACACUCCUCACAACCACAAAUGGAAAUAUGGCUGUGGACUGUGAUUCAGUUGUCCAGUAAUCACAGUUUUCAGGUGGUGAUUCGGGGAGAGCUUUCAGCUGACAGCGAAGCCUCUGAGGUCCUGGCCAUCGAUGACCUAUCCUUCAGUCCCUGCUGCGUGACUGUGCCUGAGAGAAGUCUGCCCCCUCCUCCUGUUUGCCCUCCCUCAUGGUUUUCCUGCGGCAGUGGGCUGUGUAUAGAGGCCAGCAAAGUGUGUGACUUCACCCGACAUUGUCCCCAUGGAGAGGAUGAAGCCGACUGCCCCUCUGAGUGUGACUUUGAGGACAGUUCUUGUGGCUGGUAUGAGCUCACCCUUGGUGAUGGCUUUGACUGGGUCAGGGGCUCAUCUGUGGAGGUUCCUCCAGAAUACUAUGGCCGUCCACCACCCCUGGACCACUCUACAAACAGCACCGAAGGCCAGUUUAUGUUUAUAUUGAAGAACAGCAGCAGUCUUUAUCCAAGGGCUGUUCUCCGAGGACCGUGGUUCCAACAGUCGGCCUCCGGGUGCACCAUGACCUUCUGGCAUUAUAACUCAGGCAUAUCCGUGGGGGCUGCUGACAUGUAUCUUCGCAUCGAUGGAGUUCAGAACAACACCCUCAUAUGGAGAACUCUGUACGAUCAGGGUACAAGCUGGAACCAGGUAACUGUGCAGCUGGGACGCAUCACCCAGCCCUUCCAGAUCGCUCUGGCUAAAAUCAGCCUUGGUGUGUUUGAUGGCGUCUCCGCCUUGGACGAUGUCACCUUCAAGAACUGCUCGUUGCCCCCCCCGGUGGCGGAGUGUCCCCAGCACACACAUUUCCAUUGUGUGCAUACCAACGCAUGUGUGGAGCACUUUCAGCUGUGUGACCUUGUGGAUGACUGCGGGGAUGGAUCAGAUGAGGAAGGAUGCUCUCCAGAGCUGCAGUGUAACUUUGAGCACGGGCUGUGCAGUUGGAAACAGGAGCAGAGUGGAGGAGAUGUGUUUGACUGGACCCGGAUCCAAGGCCCCACUCCGUCCUUUAACACAGGGCCCUGGAAGGACCACACAGUGGGCACCAGCUACGGCCACUACCUCUACAUCGAGUCCUCUGUGCCCCAGGUGUUCAAGGACACAGCUGUGCUACUGAGCCGAGUCUUCCAACCCACCCACCGGCGCAGCAUGGACCCGUCCAGGUCACGCCAUCAUUGUGUUUUCCGCUUCCACUACCACAUGUUUGGCUCACAUGUGUUCUGUCUGGCUGUGUACCUCCGGACCACCAACACAGGCCGUGGUCACAUGCUGUGGGUACGAUAUGGAGACCAAGGCAACUUAUGGCACAGGAAGACUCUCUACCUCACCAGCGCUCGGCCUUUUCAGAUUUUGAUUGAAGGUACCGUUGGAGAUGAUUUCAAUGGAGACAUCGCCAUCGAUGACCUUUCCUUCCUGGACUGUGUCCCAUACGAAGGAGAGCUCCCCACAGCGAAUGUCACACCCCCUGCAGUGACCACCACAGCCCCCACUGUCCAGCCCCACAACUGCCCUGAUGGAGAGUUUCCAUGUGGGCCGUAUGACGAGUGCGUUCCCCAAACCAAAGUGUGUGACUUCAGAAAGGACUGUUCUGAUGGCUCUGACGAAAUGAACUGUGUGAGGGAAUGGUGCGGUUUUGAGGAUGGUGACACUUGUGGUUGGAAGGACAUCGACCCCUCUUUGGUCCCCAUUCAUGCAUUUCGCUGGUCACCUGACCAAGGGGAAAGCAUUCAUGAUGCAGAGCAGUACCAUCGUCCAAUUAAUGACCACACCCUAGGCAACCGGGAAGGUUGGUAUAUGUGUGCGGACAGUUCAAACGGUGGCUACGGUCAUACCACUGACCUCCAGACACCUGUCAUCUCCUCCACUGGGCCACAGUGCACCCUGGUCUUCUGGUACUACAUGAGCGGAUUCACUGUGGGAUCGCUGCAGGUGUUGCUGAAGUACGGAAACGUCACUCAUAAGGUUUGGUCUCAGAAUGGUAACCAAGGCAACAAAUGGAGACGAGGAGAAGUUUUUAUAGGGUUAUCAAAUAACUUCCAGGUGGUAUUCAGAGCUAAGCGAGGGAUCAGCUACAUGGGCGAUCUGGUGAUAGAUGAUGUCAGCUUCCUGGACUGCUCCCCUCCGCUGCCUUCAGACCAGCCGUGUACUCCUGAGCAGUACGCCUGCGCCAAUGGCCACUGCAUCACCCAGGACAACCUGUGUGACUUCAUUAACCACUGUGGGGACAACUCUGACGAAGACCCCUACAUCUGCAAGGGCUUUAGCGGACGCUGCAGUUUCGAGUUUGACCUCUGUUCCUGGCUUCAGUGCCGACAGGAUGACUUUGAUUGGUUGAUCAAAGCCGGCAGCACUCCAACAGUUGGCACCGGGCCAUCGAGUGACCACACCUUGAGAGACCCCUCCGGGCAUUAUCUCUACCUGGAGAGCUCUUUCCCUCAGGCAGUCGGAGACACCGCCCGCAUUUCAGGACCCUUGCUGAGCCGCAGGAGCUCACAGUGCAAGAUGCGUUUCUACUUUCACAUGUCUGGCGACGGCAUCGGGACCCUCAGUGUGUUCAGGAAGAGUGAAGGGCAUCUUCAUCUGCUGCUGAACCUGACAGGAGACCAGGGCAACUACUGGCAGAUGAGGGAGAUCCCGCUGAACUACACCAAAGACUUCCAGGUCAUGUUUGAGGGCAAGGUGGGCCGAAGUUCAAAGGGUGACAUCUGCCUGGAUGACAUCACCUUUUCUCCAGAGUGUCUGCUCGCCUCCUCAGCUGGAGAAGAGGAAAACACCCCUCCGCCUCCUACAGGGUCCUGUCCUUCAGGCUUCCUGCCGUGUGAAAAUGGCCAGUGUUUCUCUCUGGGGCAGAGCUGUGACUUCACAGAUGACUGUGGCGAUGGCACCGAUGAAAAGCAUUGUGGGACUUCCUGCUCCUUUGAGAAUGGUCGCUGUGGCUGGAAAAGCUCCCUGGCCGAUAAUUUUGAUUGGACCCUGGGUACUGGAUCCAUCCAAAGCAUUCGGCCUCCGUACGAUCACACUUUGAUGGAUGAAAAUGGUCAUUUUGUCUAUCUGGAAGCUACACCGGUGGGACUGAAAGGCGAUAAAGCUCAUAUCAGGAGCUCUGUGUGGAAAGAGUCAAGCGCCAUCUGCAAGCUCUCCUUCUGGUACUAUAUUUCCCACAAGGCCACAGGAACCAUCCGUCUGCUGAUUCAGACGGAGAGCGACUUGCGGGAGGUGUGGAAUAAAACGGGGCAUCAGGGAAAUAAGUGGAAUCGAGCUGAGAUCCCCCUGAGGAAGCUGAGGAACUUCAUGGUGAUAUUUGAAGGGAUCCGCUCGAGGGACGUCAGCGGAGGAGCCGCCUUGGAUGACCUGGAGUUCAUAGACUGUGACCCAAAUGCUGUGGAGCCAGUCAGCUGUCCUUCAGUCACAGACUUUGUUUGUCGCAGCGGCCACUGCAUUGAAUCCCACCUGGUGUGCGACAACAAGGCCGACUGUGCUGAUGAAUCAGAUGAGAUAGACUGCGACCACGUUGUUGGCUUGCCAGGCACCUGCAAUUUCAACAUGGAGGAAGACCAAUGGGAAGAGAGCUGCAAGCUUUCUCAGGAGCAUGAUGAUGACUUUGAUUGGAGGAUUAGUCACAGGAGUGAGAUGCCAGAUGCUGGACCUCAUACCGACCACAGUCCAGGUGGUGGAGGAAAGUUCCUGUAUAUAAACUCAGCCGUUCAGAGGGAAGGUGACAUUGCCAAAGUGACAACCAAGAGUCCAUUUCCAGCCAGUGUCGGCCUGUGUCACCUGCGCUUCUGGUUCUACAUGCACGGCUCCGACAGGAUGGGAACGCUGAAGGUCUACACUGUCGGACCCAGCGGCACACGUCUGCUGAUGUGGGCAGCCACUGGAAACCAUGGCAACCAGUGGACAUACGCUAAUGUCAUCCUGUCUAACCCAGCACCUUUCAGAGUAACCUUCCAGGCAGAGGUGGGUGGAGACAUGUGGACAGACAUCGCCCUGGAUGACAUAUCCUACACUGAGGAGUGUAUGGUGGGAGGACCAGUAACUCCCCAGCCUCUGACCUGUGACCUGGACCAGUUCCAGUGUGCACACUCCUUUCAGUGCAUCCCGGAGAGCUGGAGGUGUGAUGAGGAGCUUGACUGUGCCGACCGGUCUGAUGAAGAGGAUUGUCCCGCCGUGGUACCUGGAACUCCUCCUCCUCAAGGUCGUUGUCCUGCUGGGCAUUACCAGUGUCUGAACAAUGUCUGCCUCCCAGCCAUACUGCGCUGUGACAGGGUCCCUGACUGUCCUUUUGGAGAGGAUGAGUACGGCUGCCCUCUGCUGCAGUGUGAGCAGGGAGAACUGGUGUGUGAAGGAUCGUCUGGUUGUAUCCCACUUCAGAAGCGUUGCGACCACUCUGCUGACUGUCUGCCUUUCCACUCUGAUGAGUCCAGCUGCCAUGAUUGUCCCCUGAUGUAUUGCCUGGGUCAUGGCUCAUGUCUUGUGGAGGAACACGGGCCUGUUUGUGUGUGUUAUCCAGGAUGGACAGGCAACCGUUGUCAUAUGAAGGAGAAGCCGCCUCUCUCCACCCCGUCACCGACACCAGAGGACACACGGCUGGAUGCUGUGUAUGCUGGCAUCGGUAUCGGACUGCUGCUGCUGGUAGCCGGAAUCGCCGUCUGCAUUCUGGCUUUGUGCAAGAAAAAAUGCUACUUAAUAAAACCUGACCCGAUGGACUACGGGGUGAUGGAUAACGCAGCCUUUGACUGGAGAGCACAGCUCCCGUCUGUGGAUGGCAGUUACCCCAGUGUUGACCCCGGGAGGAGUGAUGGCGGGGGGCUUUCCAUCAGCGUCUACCCCUGGAGGAAGGAGGUGGAGCAGGGUUCGACCUGGAGAGAUGCCAAGCUGUCCUUUGCCAACCCGUUGUACAAUUACCCCCCUGAUGCUCAUGGUGCACUGCAGUAGAUGUGGGUCAUACAGUGUGUGAAAAUACUCGAUGGGUUUGUCUUGAGCCGCUGAGGUGCCAAGUCGGCGUAAACAAUGCAAACAGUGGACUUAAGUUCUAUUUUGCAAGGAGGUUUUUGAAAGUCAAAUCUAAUACAAUGCUGUGAUUGAUAACUGAAUUAUUUCAAUUGUUUUGAGGUGAUACUCCCCACCGAUGUGGUCCUAGAUGUUGAAAUAAAAGCUAAAAGCUGUUUGUCAGGAGAGCAGACUAUCCCAUGAUUAUUGAAUUCAAGACAAACUAAUUGUGUCCAUGUGAAUACCAAUAAAUUGUGUUAAAAAAACAAAAAUUAAAGAGAUGAACAACACUGUAGAUUUAUCUGCAGGAGAUCUUCUCUAUGCAACUGCAAAGACGUGUGUUUUGGAGGGCAAAACCUUCAAAGUAUAGUUCGACAUUUUGGGAAAUAUGAACUUAAGCAUAUUUGCUUUCUUGCUGUGAGUUAGAUGGGAAGAAGCUGGUUAGCUUAGUUUAGCAACAAAGAUUUGAAUCAAGGGGCUUUGUCCAAAGGCAACAAAAUCACCUACCAGUGCCUCUAAAGAUCACUGAUUAGCACGCUGUAGCUUGUUUGUUUAAUCUGUACAAAAACCAAAGUGUAAAACAACAAGUCGUGUAUUACUGGAGGUUAUGUGUCAGACUAUUUCUUGAAGCUCUUUCACAAUGUUUCCAGUCUUUACACUCAGCCAAGUUAACCAGCUACUGGCUUCAUAUUCAACAGACUGGUACAAGAGUGGUUUCAAUCUUCUCAUCUAACUUUCUGCAAGAGAGUGACGGAGCUUAUUUCCCAAAAUGUCAAAUGAUUCCUUUAAAUAGUCCAAUAUUGGGGAGGAAAAAUUAAUUACUAGUUUUAAGAUGGAUUUUUUUUUAAAGAGUCAGGGACAUUUCAAAAUGGGCAUGAGAACAAAUCCAAGAAAUAAAAUGUUGGUUAUUUUGAAUACUUUUUUGUGAGUAAUGCUUUAUGGAGUUUUUCUUUGU